CGGACCCACACAGGGGAGAAGCCAUAUCAGUGCAUGGAAUGUGGAAAAUGCUUCAGUCGGAGUGGCCAUCUACGUUCCCAUCAAAGGACGCACUCAGGGGAGAAGCCAUAUAAAUGCAUGGAAUGUGGAGAAAGCUUCAGUCAGAGUGGAAAUCUACGUUCCCAUCAAAGGAUCCACACAGGGGAGAAGCCACAUAAAUGCAUGGAAUGUGGAGAAAGCUUCAGUCAGAGUGCCCAUCUACGGUCCCAUCUAAGGAUCCACACAGGGGAGAAGCCACAUAAAUGCAUUGAAUGUGGAGAAAGUUUCAGUCAGAGUGGCACUCUACAUUCCCAUCAAAGGAUCCACACAGGGGAGAAGCCACAUAAAUGCAUUGAAUGUGGAGAAAGUUUCAGUCAUAGUGGCAAUCUACGUUCCCAUCAAAGGAUCCACACAGGGGAGAAGCCAUAUAAAUGUAUGGAAUGUGGAGAAAGUUUCAGUCUCAGUGGCGCUCUACGUUCCCAUCAAAGGAUCCACACAGGGGAGAAGCCACAUAAAUGCGUGGAAUGUGGAAAGAGUUUCAGUCAGAGUGGCCAUCUACGGUCCCAUCUAAGGAUCCACACAGGGGAGAAGCCACAUAAAUGCGUGGAAUGUGGAGAAAGUUUCAGUAAGAGUGGCAAUCUACGUUCCCAUCAAAGGAUCCACACAGGGGAGAAGCCACAUAAAUGCAUGGAAUGUGGAGAAAGUUUCAGUAAGAGUGGCAAUCUACGUUCCCAUCAAAGGAUCCACACAGGGGAGAAGCCAUAUAAAUGUAUGGAAUGUGGAGAAAGUUUCAGUCGCAGAGACCAUCUACGUUCCCAUCAAAGGAUCCACACAGGGGAGAAACCACAUAAAUGCGUGGAAUGUGGAAAGAGUUUCAGUCAGAGUGGCCAUCUACGGUCCCAUCAAAGGAAGCACACAGGGGAGAAGCCAUAUAAAUGUAUGGAAUGUGGAAAAAGCUUCAGUCACAGUGGCAAUCUUCGUUCCCACCAAAUGACUCACACAGUACAGAAGCCAUAGAAGUGCAUAGAAUGUGGAGAAAGUUUCAGUCCAAAUCUAUCUACAUUGCUUUUAAAGGAGCCACGUCGUAGAGAAGCCAUAUAAAUGCACGGAAUGUGGGAAGAGCUUUAGAGAACAUUCAGCAUACAAUAAACAUCACGGAACUCAUGUGCCGCUAGAGGAGACCUGCCUUUCAGUUUCUGAGCUCUCUUUCAAAAAAUAUUGGAAUGAAAGAGGAAGGCCGGCACCUGGCUCUCUCUCUUUCUCUCUACCAUGAACUAGUUUGUGUGGCCUUUGUUCUGGAACAGCUGUUCCAGGAGCUCCAGAUUUAUUUGCUGUGUUUAAAUGUUUGUGUGCAAUCCCAUGCUUGGGAUUUUGCAGCAGGGGGUUUCCUGUUAUAAUUUGCAUUUAUAGGGUAAGCCACCUGCCAAUUAUAGUUAGGAUCCCUGGUCCCGCCCCCUUUUU